AAUGUAUUAUUUCUCCUCUCUCUCAUGCUGCAGGCUUUGCAACUUUUGUUCCCCCUGCUCCUUUCAUGGCCUCACCCUGAAUCCCCCCCCCUCCUGGUUUAUUGGUUCAGGCCAGACUUUCCUGGUUGACCUUGUGAGUGAGCAGGCAGGAGGAUGUGCCUCAGAGCUCGCUAGUAUCAGUAUGAAGCCCAGUUCUGGGCCUCGCUUUGGCCGGCAGCAUUUUCCAGUUGUUUAUGUCACCCGUUUUGGUAAAUACCACUGUGGCACAAAGAUUCGUUCUGGUGGCAAAAGUCCCAAAAAAGCGGCCCAGAAGGAUUUCCAUUCCUGCCUUUCUGACAAAGCUUCUUCUGCCAUUUUGGACAAAAUAGGUCCAGUGGAUGUCGCCCCUCAGAGACAAAUGAGGCAUCCAAGCUUGAGAGCUGGGACAAUGCAAGUCCAAGGAAACCAAACCAGAUGUCGGCAACCACAGAGUGAUGGCCAGAACAUCAGUAUGGCCAAGCUCCCAGGCCAAGAAGCUUCUAAGCUGCCCUGCUCAAGGAAAAAAGGCCUGGGAAGCAAAAGAAGGGCAGCAAAUUCUACAAUCUCUGGUACUCAGAAAUGCAUGGGUGAAGAGAAUGGAGCAGAUGUGUAUGAAUUCCCUACAUCCAAUGAAAACACUAAUGAAAUGAUCAGGAAACAAAAGAAAAAGUCUGCAGUGUGGCUUGAAGUAUUUGAAGUAAUUUCUAAAAUGGUAGAAGAAAAUGGACACUUUAGAAACAGAUUGGUGUCUAAUUUUCAUUUUUCAGGUGAAGGUUUACUCCAAGGUACAGACAUAAAUCAGAAUUUGCAAAGUGAAAUUUCUUUUACUGAGACAGAUGAAGCAAUUUUUGGAUGGGUGUAAAAAAAUAAAGAAACAAGGAAAAGAAGAUUUAUUUAUUGUUCUUAUUUUCAUUGUUAUAUGAAAUUAGCAUCUAACCAUUCAAGAGAAAAACAAGAGAAAGUACUGGAACAUAAGCGCCAUGUAGUUUAUACAAAACAUGCACAAUAUAAAGUACAAAGUAUGCAUUUCUGAUUAUUGCAUUUAUGGUUACAUUAGACUGUUAUAAAUUUUUAUUUAAAUUCUAAGCAAUGCUCUUUGUUAGUAUUUUGUAUAUAUUCUUAUAUAAGAAUACAAUAUAAUAUGGUUCUAACACUACUGA